GUGUAAUGAGUGGACCAUUAAUAAUUGAUUGUCUAGAAACAGACUGCUGUUGUUGGCUAAGCUUUCAGUGUUUCAGUGUGAAGCAUAAGCGGUGUACCUUCUACAUUAUUUUUCUACCAAAUAACAAUACGAAUAAUGGGAAAAUGAUGAAAACACCUAUGCCAAGUAUUGACAGCGUGAAAGUAGCAGUACGAGUGCGGCCUUUUAGUCAGAGAGAGAAGAAUUCUGGGAGCAAAUGUGUGAUUUCCAUGCAUUCCAGGACCACCACCAUUAUACAAGACCCUAAGAACCCAGGACAUACGAAGACGUUUACUUUUGACCUGGCGUAUUGGUCUCACAGUGGAUUUCAAAAGGAUAAAGAUGGUGUGUUUAUUUCAGCUGAUCCUGGCAGUAAAUUUGCAGGCCAGAAAGAGGUUUUUCAUGAUCUUGGCAGAGGAAUUCUGGACAGUGCUUGGCAAGGCUAUAAUACUACUCUCUUGGCCUAUGGGCAGACUGGCUCUGGAAAAAGCUAUUCCAUGAUUGGGUUUGGUGCAAACAAGGGUAUCAUUCCAAAUGUGUGCGGAGAGCUAUUUCAAGCAAUUGAGAACCGAGACAAAAAUCAAGAAUACCAGGUUACAUUCAGCAUGCUGGAAAUUUACAACGAACAGGUAAGAGAUUUGCUAUCCAGGACCAAGAAACCCGGAGGGCUAAAAGUAAGGGAGGACCAACAGCUGGGCUUUUAUGUGGAUGGUCUGAAGUCAGUGCCUUGUGAGAACUAUGCCCAGAUUGAAAGACUGAUGGAACAAGGAGCAAAAAUAAGGACCACAGCUCCGACCAGCAUGAAUGCCAGCAGCAGCCGGUCUCACAUGGUCAUCACCAUUCAGUUCAAGCAGGUUUUCCUAGACAGAGACCUCACCAAACAGUCCAGUAUUAACUUGGUAGAUUUAGCUGGAAGUGAAAGACAGAAAUCUUCAGGAUCGGAAGGAGACAGACUGAGGGAAGGAUCACGAGUUAACUUAAGUUUAACCAAUUUAGGAAAUGUCAUCAGUGCUCUGGCUGAUGCAGCCAUGGGGAAGAAAGUCCUCCAUGUUCCCUACAGAGACUCUGUACUGACCAAACUGCUCCAGUCAGCUCUGGGUGGGAACAGCAGAACUACUCUGAUAGCAGCAAUAAGUCCAGCUGACAUCUGCUAUGAGGAAACUUUAUCAACACUAAGAUAUGCUGAAAGGGCUAAGAAGAUCCGGAACAAAGCUGUUGUCAACACUUCCACCCUGAUGAGGGAGUCCAGGGCAGAGAACGACAGACUGCUCCCAAUGAUGAAAACCUUCCCCCACCUUCUCAACGUCAAUGAAGACCCGCAGCUCACAGGGGUUCUCAAGCACUUCAUUCAGGCUGGUACUUACCCCUCUCAACUCCCCACCCCAGCCCUUACACAUUCUUGUCCUUUUAGAAUUUCAGAUAAACAUGCUUCCUUCACGAAUUCAGGUGGUAAAGUGACGGUGACUCCAUACGGCAAAUGCAAGGUCAUCGUUAAUGGGGUGCCCAUCACGACCAAGACGAAGCUGCAACAUUUGGACCGGAUUAUUUUGGGAUCCAACAGUGCCUACCUCUAUAUCGGGUUUCCUUCCGAGCGAGGCAGUGAGGACUUGAGCAGAUUUGAUUAUGACUUUUUCCAGCUGGAGAGAGCGGCUGCUGAGGGAGUGAGUGCUGAUAAGCUCGGUGCUAUGAACAGUGGGGAUGGGAAGGCGGACCCCAGUGUCCUGGCUGUAUUCCAGGACUACGUCAAACUGAUGCCACUGGUUGCAGAAGCAAAUCAAAUGAGCGAAGAGCUGAAGAAGGGACUUAAUAUGGAACUGAAAGUGAAAAAUUUAGCUUCAUCAGAUUCCAGGGGCUGUGACCUACAAAAAGAGGUCACGGUGAAGGUGACCCAUCAAAGGACUCAUCAGGUGUGGAUUUGGUCAAAAGCCAAAUUUAUCAAUAGGAAAUUCCUAAUGGAAGAACUUUACCAGCGUUUUCUUGAUGGAGAAGACAGUCAGGUAGCCCAGGAAGAUGACCCUUUCUGGGAUCCUGUCGAAGUUGUUCACCUGGGCUCUGCUCACAUCUGGCUCCAGUCCCUUGCCUACUGCAUGAAGUUUGAGGAACAAGUGGAAUUUCUGAACUGUGACGGGCUGGAAGAGGCAGUGUUGCAUAUUCACAUAAACCCCUGCUCCCCGACAGGACAAGCACGUGGUGAGGAAGAUGUGGUUACUGACCCAGUGGACCUGCUGGGCAAGAGGAUGGAUUUCCAGAUUCGCCUUGUGCAGUGCCUUGGCACCAAGUGGCUGAAGGAAGAUGCAGAGAGGGGUGUUCAGAUGGGGUACAGAAUUUAUGAUCUUCCAAGCACUUUAUAUACCAAGGCUGUAUGGAAAAUUGUGAAUCCCCAAAUUGAUGAGACUGUCCAAUUUACAACCUUAAAUGCAUCUCAGGAAUUUCUGAAUUAUUUACAGACAAACGCUCUCAUUGUUGAUUUAUGGGGUCUUCAAGAAGGCUGUGCUGAGCUGAGCUGCUCUCAGCUGAACCUCAUGAUCACAGGUGAAGGCCACAUCCUGGUGGACACGAAGAAAACUCCCCCUCUUAUGGACACAGGUCAGAGUACAUCAAACCAGAUACCAGAGCUUUAUCUGAAGCUGCUCAAGUUAGAACAGGAGACGGAACUGCUCAGAAACAUAAACAGAGUCCUCAGAGAGGAAAAUGUGCUUCUUAAAGAAUCUGUUGAGAGAACCAGUUCUAGUCAACAAGCACAUCAGCCUUCUAGUACCCGAAAGAUCACUUGGAUGACAGCACAAGGGCCAGCAGCCAGAGAGAUUAAUCAAAUGUGCACCACCCAGCAAGCCAGCUACGACAGAGAAUUUGCCAGAGCUCUUAAAGUGUUCUACCAAAGCAUGAAUGUGGCCAGAGGGCAGUUUCUCAAACUGAGACAUUAUAAACCUCCUGAAGAUGAUCAAAUGCUUCGGCCAUUUGUACACCAACAGUCACAAAUGCUAAAGGACUUUGGGGACCUACUUGAAUCCAGCUUGUGGAAACUGAAAAAUGAUGUUGCUCUUAUAGUGAAACAGAAGAAAGAAUGUUUACUGCAUAUGGAAUAGUGUUCAGUUCAGUUGCUCAGGCCUGUCCGACUCUUCGUGACCCCAUAGACUGCAGCACGCCAGGCUUCCCUGUCAAUCACCAACUCUUGGAGCUUGCUCAAACUCAUGUCCAUCGAGUCAGUGAUACCAUCCAAUCCUCUCAUCCUCUGUCGUCCCUUCUCCUCAUGCCUUCAAUCUUUCCCAGAGGAUACACCAACUGAAAACAUUUGAGCUUUGAGUUGUCAAGAUUAUUUAAUUAACUUGGCUAUCGGAGCUGAACUGUGGACUCAACCUAGUCAACCCAUUUCUCACUCACACAACUUAUUACACUGCUUUCAAGCAAAAUUCCUUUUUAUUUAAAAUCAUGUAAAAAUGAAUUCAGGCUGAAGGUGAGGUGGAAAAUAUGAGCAGAGAAUGGUUAGCACUCUGAGCAAGAGGAUCAACAGCCUGGAGCUGAAUCCAUGACUAAUCAGUUCUGUGGUUUGGAGCAAGCGAUGUCCCUUCUCUAAGCCUCUUUCCUUAUCUGUUCUUUAAGUUAAAGACCCUCUUUCUUCUAUACAGUUUGUGCAGCUGCUGCUGCUGCUAAGUCACUUCAGUCGUGUCUGACUCUGUGCGACCCCACAGACAGCAGCCCACCAGGCUCCCCUGUCCCUGGGAUUCUCCAGGCAAGAACACUGGAGUGGGUUGCCAUUUCCUUCUUCAAUGCAUGAAAGUGAAAAGUGACAGAGUUGUCUCCUAACAUGAGUAAGAUUCUUAUCAGUUUCAUGCCUCUCACUGUAUUGCAGAAAUUCCAUAAAGGAAAUGGUUGUCCUCUUUACAUGAUGAAUGUAACAGAACACUUAUUUGUGUUUAUGGUAUGAUUACAAAAGGAAAAGUCUUUGCCUUAUUUUUGGGCUUCAGUGGAAAAUGUAGUUAAAUAUAAAAAGUAAAUUAGGCAAAACUUUUGCUUAGGUAGUGAAAAUCAGUAGAAACUUACCAGCUACAUCCUUCAAACUAACCACAGGUAUAGAA